AUGGUCAAUGUAACUUACGACGCCUCUGGAGACAUCAACUACUACGACCCCUCCACCGGCACGACCUAUGUCUACAACAACGGCGACAUCGCCUGGGUCCUCUGCUCCACCGCCCUCGUGUGGAUCAUGAUUCCCGGCGUGGGCUACUUUUACGCCGGCCUCCUCCGUCGUAAAAACGCCCUCUCCAUGAUAUGGGCGUCCAUGAUGUGCGUCGCCGUCGUCUCCUUCCAGUGGUUCUUCUGGGGCUAUUCGUUGGCAUUCAGCGACUCCGCCGACAGAUAUAUUGGCAACCUGCGCUAUUUCGCCCUCAAGGGCGUCCUCGCACAGCCCUCCGUCGGGAGCGCCCGCAUCCCCUCUCUCGCCUUCUGCGUCUUCCAGCUCAUGUUCGCAGCCAUCACACCCAUGCUCGCCAUCGGCGCAUUCGCCGAGCGCGGCCGCCUCGGGCCCAUGAUGGUCUUCGUCUUCGUCUGGUCCACCCUCGUCUACGACCCCAUCGCGUGCUGGACCUGGAACCCGAACGGCUGGUCCUUCGUCCUCGGCGGCCUCGACUUCGCCGGCGGCACCCCCGUGCACAUCUCCUCCGGCUCCGCCGCGCUCGCCAUCUCGAUAUACAUGGGCAAGCGCCGCGGCUACGGCACCGAGCGCCUCGCGUACAAGCCCCAGAACACCACCUACGUCGUCCUCGGCACCAUCUUCCUGUGGUUCGGCUGGUUCGGCUUCAACGGCGGCUCCGCGCUCUCCGCCAACUUGCGCGGCAUCCAGGCGUGCAUCGUGACGAACCUCGCCGCGAGCGUCGGCGGGAUCACUUGGAUGCUGUGGGAUUACCGCCUCGAGCGCAAAUGGUCCGCCGUCGGCUUCUGCUCCGGCGCCAUCUCAGGGCUCGUCGCCAUCACCCCCGGCUCCGGCUUCGUCGGCUCGCCCGCGGCGGUGCUCUUCGGCUUCAUGGCCGGCACGGUGUGCAACUGGGCCACGCAGCUCAAGUUCCUCCUCGGGUACGACGACUGUCUCGACAUCUUCGCGUCACACGCGAUCGGCGGCAUCGUCGGAAACAUCUUGACGGGCCUGUUCGCCCAGGCGAGCGUGGCGGACUUUGACAGGAUCACGACCAUCCCCGGCGGGUGGCUCGACCACCACUGGCGCCAGCUCGGCAUCCAGCUCGCGGACUCCGUCUCCGGCCUGAGCUACUCCUUCGUCAUGACCACGAUCAUCCUCUGGCUGAUGCACUACAUCCCGUACAUGCGCCUGCGCGGGACGGAGGAGGCGGAGAUCACGGGCAUCGACGACGCCGAGAUGGGCGAGUUCGCGUACGACUACGUCGGGUUCGACCUCGCCGCGUCCGGCGGGCACGCGGACGGCGAGGCGCCAGCGUCCGCGCCCGUGCCGGCGUCUGUGGACGCGAGCGUCGCGGACGAGAAGCAGGGGGAGGCGGCGUGA